CAUGGGGAAUGUAGCUGAGCAGCCAAGCAGCCAAUCACACAGAGAAAAGUGGAUAGCACACUGCUUACACAGUGGCAGGAACAAGGGCUUCAAUAAUAGCACAGUGUGUGUCGGCAGCUCUUACAGCACACACCAGCUAACUAAAUGUUACUCCAGCAGGCAUGACUCUCCUCUGCCUCAGGCAACAUGUAUUAGCUGAGGUCACGGUGGGGCAGACUUUUCUGGACGUCAGAGUUAUUUAAUGGUUAACCUUAUUUGAUGAUAGGACUGGACUCUGCUGCAGCUAAAAGGCUGGUCUGCUUGAUGCUGGAUUAUGCUCCAGCUUGAGAGUGCAAAGUGGAGUUUUCUUCUAUGCCUUGGAAUCAGCAUCUUGAUCUGCUCAGUUAUUUACCUGAAAGGCAAUCCUUCUUAUGCUCCAAGGCCACUGCAACGCACCUUUAGCUGCCAUCCAUUCCCAGAAAAAUGUAAACAUUUGCCACCCACUUCCUCUUACACAAGAUGGGAAAGAACAGAAUGUCAGGAGCUGAGCCUUAACAAUCCACUCAACUGCUCCCAUAUACAAUCUGAGCUUCACUUUAUUAUGGAGACCCUGAGCAAAGAAGAGGAGGACUACCCUCUGGCCUUUAUCAUCACUAUCCACAAAGACCUAGAGAUGUUUGUACGUCUGCUGAGAGCCAUCUAUGCACCACACAACCUAUACUGCAUUCAUGUAGAUGCUAAAGCUGCAGAAGACUACAGACUAAGUGUUGAGAGAUUAGCAGAGUGUUUUCCCAAUGUCUUUCUGUCCUCAGUUAGCGAGACAGUGACCUAUGCUGGUUUUUCUCGCCUGAAGGCUGACAUUAAUUGCAUGGAGGACCUGGUGAGGUCUCCAGUCAAAUGGAAAAGGGUAAUAAACAUGUGUGGCCAGGAUUUCCCUGUCCAGAGCAACCUGGAGAUGGUCCGGUACAUGCAGAAUGCAGAAUGGAGAGAUAACAACAUGACUCCAGGGGUCAAACAGCCAGAAAAUAAGCGACAUAGGACACAAAUACAGCACAUUGAAGUUAAAGGUAACUAUGUGGCCUCCAAGGGUCAAGGUCACCCAAAGACCCCCCCUCCACACAACCUGACAAUCUACUUUGGCACAGCCUACUACAGUCUACAAAGAGCAUUUGUGGAAUAUGUGCUCACCAGCCCAGUGGCCAAAGACUUGCUGGAAUGGUCUAAGGAUACCUUCAGCCCUGAUGAGCAUUACUGGGUGACCCUUAACCAUGUGGAAGAUGCCCCUGGCAGUAAAGUAAAUGCUGGCUGGGAGGGUAAUAUUCGAGCCAUUAAAUGGAGAGACCAAGAAGGCUCAGCACAUCAAGGCUGUAAUGGACAUUACAUUAGGGAUAUCUGCAUCUAUAAUAUUAAGGAUUUGCCCUGGAUCAUUGAUAAGAACAGCAUGUUUGCUAACAAGUUUGAGAGCUCUAGUUUUCAUGAAGCUCUGGACUGCCUGGAACAGUGGCACAGACACAAAGUCCUACAGCAGGCAACGGUGCCCAUUCAGUUAUCAUGGCAACUUGCAAGAGAGGUGAACAUUAGUAGUGCCAGAGUAGCAGGCUGAAUAAAGAGAUUAGGUCAUAGUUAAGAUUGACAGUUAAUUCUUAACAAAUUUUUUACUCACACAAUUCCACAUGGAAUUAUUAAUCUAUGAAACACGAGAUAAGGAUACUGAGCACAGACCACUGACUAUUUUUUUUUUGCGUCUUUGUUUAUGUAUUUAUUUAUUUAUUUAAUUUUUUUUCCUACUCAUGGUUAUGUAUGUAUGUAUGUAUGUAUGUAUGUAUGUAUGUAUUACUUUAUAAUGUAUGGAUAAACUAUUAAUUGCCAUAUAUUAUAAAGGAGAUUAUAUAGUUACAGCACAUUUAUAAGAAAAGUAGAAAAUAUUCUUUUAUUAUAAUGUCUGCUAUUGAGCAGAGAUAUCAGAAGCAUGAACAACCCAUAUUAAGAGGAAUUAAUAUGCAAGACCUGUUACCUUUUAUUCCUUAUGAGGGGUUCUGCAUAUAAUAAAAAGCAUGAGUCCAUCUUUAGUUCGAUCAUUUGAACAUUUUACCCGCUGUCAUCUGUACAGUGUAAGCUCUCAUUUCUGUUUUGACUAUGUGGCAGUGCAGGUGCUUUAUUGACAUUUUGACAGCCAAUGUCUGAUCAGGGUUAAUUGUUUAGUCUUAUGUUCGUUUGGCUAUGGCAUUAGCCAGUUACACUGUGACAUAAUGUAAUAAUCCAAAAAUGCAAUCAAAUUGUGUGAAAACCACACAUGGCUACUAAGAUUUCAGACAUAUUCAGGCAGACUGAAUACAAUUACUGCUGCAUUGCAGGGAUGAAAGUCUUCUGGAUUUACCCGGAAAUCCGGAUAUUUGACAAAACUCUUGAAAAUCUCCGGUUUUCCGAAUGGAGAAAUGUAUUUUUCGUAUUUUUCACGUUCCUAGACGCGGUGUAAUACUUCGCAUCGUCCUUGCAUGGGCGCGGUCCUUAAAUAGCCCAAACAUAGUUCAUUGAUUAAAGACAGGUGUUCUUUGUUAACGGCACGCGUGCCGGAGCUCGUUAGGCGCACACGCCCAAGGCGCGCCUUCAGGUGCACGAGCUAAGGCGCGCAGGACUGACACCGUUCUGCGCAAGCACAACACAAUCGCACUAGAAAGCAUGUUCAAGCUGCCAGUGUAGCUGCAGUCUUUUUAGUUGCAAAUUACAAGUAUUUCCUCGUGUUAAUAAUUCGCCAUGUCAAAACAAGCAAAACUUUCCUCCUUCUUUUGACGUGAAGAGAGGUAAGCAAUUUAUUAUAUAUUUUUUUUCCAUCAAAGUUGUAUUUUGUGGUUUCAAAGCUAAGUUUUAGUGCCGUUUGUAGAACACAUCAUCAAGAAAACGUGGAAGAAACAGCAAUAAUGGAAGAGCCGGUUUCUAAGCUACCUAAAACUAGCAAUGGUAAUUAUUUUUUGUUACAUACCGUAAUGUACUCAGGCUGCCAGUCAGUGUGUGACACACACACACCCCCCCCAGAAAAAUCCUAGCUACGCCCGUGAUUUACAUGAGAAAUUUAGUAUUCAUUGGUGUGUUUAAAUUUACAGACAAUACGAACUAAUGUAAACAAUUGGCUUCAACUUGCAUAAAUAUGAAUUGGAAAUUUUUAGUUCACUUUAGCUUAUGCAAAUGCACAACUCUACUAAAAGAUUGAUAAAUGAGGCUCAAUGUCCCCAACACUGAAACCUGAAAACUUUAGAAACUCUAACAGACCUUUACUUUUUAACAGUACUGUUUUGGGAUUUUGCUGAGUUUACCUUCAACUGUCUGAUUUUUUUCUAUAUCUAUUAAUUGCAAUUAUCCCUGUGCUUGUUCAUGUACUGCAAUUUCAGACUAUUUCAUUAGGCUGAUGACAUUAUAAUAAUAUACAACUUGAGUAAGCUGUAGCAUAAUCAUGUAUGUGUAAUUUUGUGUGAUCAAAACAUCAAAAACCACUUUGCUAAAUAUCUUGGGAUGGUGAGGUAGGGGUGGGUUUCAAAACACAACUCAUUGGCCAAUAAACAAGGCUUUUAUUUGAUUAAAGUAAGCAGGAUUUAUAUUCAAUAAAUAAAUAAUAACCAGGA